AAGCAAUCCAUCAUUUCCGGUUUCUCUUGCUUAUACAUCUCAAUUGAAGGCUAAAAAGAAGAGUUACUGCAUCAAAAACAUGGCAAACGAUGACCUAAUGGAGAAGCUUUCGAAAUCAGUAGACAUGGGUACUAGAGAAGAAAGAUGGUCCCUCAAGGGAAAGACUGCCCUUGUCACUGGUGGUACUAGAGGAAUUGGGUGUGCCAUUGUGGAGGAACUAGCUGGGUUUGGUGCUGCUGUUCAUACAUGUUCAAGGAACCAAACAGAACUCAAUGAAAAGCUAAAAGAAUGGGAAGCAAAGGGUUUUAAAGUAACUGGUUCAGCAUGCGAUUUGUCAUCAAGACCAUCACGAGAGGAGCUAAUGAAGACUGUGUCCUCUGUUUUUGAUGGCAAACUAAACAUCCUUAUAAACAAUGCUGCAACAAGUGUACUUAAACGAGCAACAGACUACACUGCAGAAGAAUUCGAACGCACAAUGGAGACCAACGUCGCAUCUCCAUACCAUCUAUGCCAACUCGCACACCCUCUCCUAAAAGCAUCUGGAAAUGGAAGCAUUGUGUUCAUUUCCUCGGUUUCAGGUGUGACGGCCCUACCUGCUCAAACUGUGUAUGGAGCAUCUAAAGCUGCAAUCAAUCAAAUUACACAGAACUUGGCUUGUGAAUGGGCAAAGGAUAACAUUCGCACCAACACAGUUGCACCAUGGGGUGUCAAAACCACCGUUAUGAAACCUGAGGAUAUGGAUCCAUCAAUAAUGAUGAUGUAUAUGCCACUAAUGGCUCGAACUCCUCUCCGCCCCAUAGCAGAGCCCCAGGAGAUUUCAGGACUUGUGACAUUCCUUUGCCUUCCCACUGCUUCAUAUAUUACAGGGCAGGUUAUCGUUGUUGAUGGUGCAUACACAGCUGGUGGUUUCUCCAUGUAAAGCACCAAAUCACCACUGUAUUAGUCACCUACCUACCACUACCUAAAUAAGCUUCUAAGUAUUGAGGCAGAUUUGUCACCAAAGAUUUAUUUCUGGGUGUUUUUCGUGUCGGUUAAGGUAGAAAAUCUUAGUAUAUGUUGAUGUUGUGUUAUUUUGUUGUUUUUUUGGUUCUUGGGUUUGGCCCUGUAUUUGUAUUUCCCUUCAUAGUAUUUGUUUCGUCUUGCUAUUGGAUCAAUUACACUUUAUAU